AUGCAUGCUGGGAGGAGGAGGCAUGGCGCCAAGGUCACCCAGAGAGGCGGAGACCCGGACGGAGUCGUCCCGAGCCGCGUGGAGGGAGAGGAAAGGGCGGAGCUUGGAGCCGGCCACGCCCUCGAAGAGGGCAGGGUGGGGCCGGGGGAGCGGGCCUCCGUCCUGUCCCGGCUCAGGGGUCGGAGGGGGUCGGGUGAGAAAUCGGAGGUCCUGGUGAGGGGAGCACAGAGGGGAUCUGUUCCAGAACGUUCCUCCCGCGGAGGCGGCGGGGGUGGGGAGCACGUGGUGGGGCGUGGUGCCAGCGCAGUGCGUGCCCCUGGGGUCAGCCCAGCGGAAGGGAGCAGCGCUGACCUGCAGUACCUGGACAGGCUGGCAGGGGGCAGUAUUGAGCCUGUAGGGCAGGCCAAGUGUGACAGUCAGGAGGGCUCACAGGGACAAGGGGUCAGAGUUCAGCGGUCCAACCGAGGGAGGAGGAGGAGGAAAGGUAGAGCCCCUAAGAGGGGACAGAGAGGCGGAGACACGAGACACCGGGAGGCGGAGCCUCCGUGGGCGGGGCCUUUGUGGGCGGAGCCUCGAUGGGCGGGGCCUUGUCAGGCAGGGCUGUAUUGUGCAGAGUGUGGCUGGGAGCUGCUGCCCCAGGCUGAAGGUGCGGUGCACAGCGCUGUGUGUGAGGGAGAGCUGGCCUCCCGGCUGAGGGGCGGGUGUCCCGGGACCAGCGCGGGCGCGCACCCCUGCUCCUGCACGUCUCUGCCCCAGGCCCUCCCCCGUGAGAGCGCCGCCCUGCUGGUGGUGGAGGGCGCUGCAGCGCUGCAGGCCUUGCGCUGCUCCACGCAGGCCCACAGGGAGUCAGGUGUGGCGUCGGGGUCAACCCUGUACAACGCCGUGUGGAACCCGGAGCAGGGCUCGGUCAGCCGGCUGCUGCGGUGCAAAGCCUGCCCCGCCUCCGGCCCCCCCGUCGCCCUGGCUGUGGAGAUACACUACCCCCGCGAGCCUGCCAGAGACCAGAUUUGGCUGGCCCCGUCUGCUGUCCGGUUCUGUGCCAAGAUGUGGACCCUGGGCCUGGUUCAGUAGAGGUCGCACCCCCCCUUCCCCCCCAGGCAUGAAUGCUUCGCCCCCAACAACAGCAGGACAAUGAGAAAGAAGCACUCCUCCCACCCAGCCUGACUGCGUGGGAAUCACAGCGCUCUCUGAUUGUCAGAUACCUGCGUAAUGCAGUUUUCCUGGUGUCGUAGCUGCUGGUGAUAUCUAUAACGCGUGUCACAGGCAUGUGGGGUGCAUGCGGCAUCACGCACCUGGUUGUGUUGCUGCAUACUUGCAUGUACAGUACAGUGUGUGGGCGUGUGUUUGUGUACAUACAAUAAAUCACUUCAAAAUUAA